GGUAAUUCGCUGGGAAUUCUGGGAAACAAGACAGGCUGCAGUCUCUAGAGUUGCAACAUGUCUUGGCUAAAAUGUGGUUUUGCUGUCUUUUUUUAUCUAUUAAAAUGUACAGAUGCUGUAUUUGAAGACCAAGUGGGAAAGUUUGAUUGGAGACAGCAGUACGUGGGCAAUGUGCGAUUCGCCUUCUUUGAUACCCAUUCUCAAGCAUCAAAGAAGCUUUUGGUCGCAACGGAGAAGAAUAUAUUUGCCUCAUUGAAUUCCAGGACUGGAGAAUUAUUCUGGAGACAUGUGGAUAAAACAGGACCAGAGGGAAACAUUGACUCCCUUCUUGUUCAUGGACAAGAUGCUGUUGUUGUGGUCGGAAAUGGACGUCUGCUUCGUUGCUGGGAGACCAAUAUUGGUGGUCUGAACUGGGAAGUUGUGCUGGACACUGGAAGUUUUCAAUCAGCAGCAUUCAUUGGUGUGCAAGACUUUGUCAAAUAUGUAGCUGUACUCAAGAAAUCAGCUAUUUCUGUCCACUACCUCUCCAAUGGUCAUCAGAAAUGGGUGGAGAACCUCCCUGACAGUGACUCAGUGCAGUAUCAAACUGUAUACUCGGGAGGUCAAGGGGAGGUCUUGAUUCUGGGACUGGUUCCUAAUUCUCACAUAGUCAUUGUUUCAUAUAACAUCGAGGAUGGCGAGAUUAUGGAACAGACCUCUGUGGAAGCCCCAUGGAUGUCAAGUUUGGAGGAGAGCUGUGUGGUAGUUGGAGCAGGUAUCCUGUUAUGCAUCGACCCCAUCACCCUUUCCUUGUACACCCUACCACUGAACUCUGAAGAGAAGCCUGAGAUGAACCAGAUCCUAUUGCAGUCUCUGGACCUGGAAGUGGCCCCUGGUUUCCAGCCUGUGCUCACUGCCACCCAGCCCCACCCAGCGCGGCCUCCCCUCACGGCCUUCUUCCUUCAGCUGGGGCCAGAGCACCACAUCCUGCUCCAGCUCAGUAACGGCAUCAUCGCCACCCUCAGGGACUUCAAACCUUCACGAUUGGCUACAUUUGCCACUACUGGAGAGAAGACAGUAGCGGGAGUCAUGACACCCAAAAAUGAAACUGCUUGCAGCAUCAACCUUUUCACUGUCGACACGGGCCGAAGGUUAUUAGACACCACUGUCAUCUACCAUUUGGACCCAAAUGGCGGGAAGCCAAAUAAACUGCACAUUCAGGCCUUCUUGAAAAAAGAUGACUCCCUGGGCUACAGAGCCAUGGUGCAGACAGAGGACUUUGCUCUGACCUUCCUACAGCAACCAGGUCGAGUGGUCUGGUCAAGGGAGGAGGCUUUAGCUGAUGUGGUUACCAUGGAAAUGGUUGAUUUGCCUCUGACGGGAACCCAAGCUGAGCUGGAGGGAGAGUUUGGAAAGAAAGCGGACGGGCUGUUGGCCAUGGUGCUGAAGCGCCUGUCCUCCCAGCUCAUCCUGCUGCAGGCGUGGAUCGGUCACUUGUGGAAGCUUUUCUACGACGCCCGCAAGCCCCGCAGCCAGGUGAAAAACGAGGUCACCUUUGAGACGCUGUCCCGGGACGAGUUCAACCUGCAGAAGAUGAUGGUGAUGGUGACCGCUUCUGGAAAGCUCUUUGGCAUUGACAGCAAAUCUGGGAGCAUCCUGUGGAAGCACUACCUGGAGAACAUCCAGCCCAACUCGGCCUUUAAACUGAUGGUGCAAAGGACCACUGCCCACUUCCCUCACCCACCUCAAUGCACUCUGCUGGUGAAGGAUAAGGAGACUGGUCUGGCAUCGCUGCACGUGUUCAACCCCAUUUUUGGGAAGAAGAGUCAGAUUAACUUGCCUACUUUACCACGACCAGUACUUCAGUCUCUGCUGUUGCCAUUGAUGGAUCAGGACUAUAGCAAAAUCCUACUGCUCAUUGAUGACCAGUACAAGGUCACAGCCUUCCCCUCUAAUAAGAAUGUGCUGCAGCAGCUUCAGGAGUCUGCCUCCUCCAUAUAUUUUUACCUGGUGGACACCAGCCAGGGAAGGCUGUCUGGCUUCCGCCUCCGCAAGGAUCUGUCCACUGAGUUGAUUUGGGAGGUGGUACUCUCCCCGGAGGUCCAGAAGAUUGUGGCCGUGAAAGGGAAGCGACCCAAUGAGCAUGUGCACUCCCAAGGCCGCGUCAUGGGAGACCGCAGUGUGCUUUACAAGUAUCUCAACCCUAACCUCCUUGCGGUGGUGACCGAGAGCACGGACGCCCACCAGGAGCGCAGCUUUGUGGGGAUCUUCCUGAUUGACGGCGUGACCGGACGCAUCAUCCAUGAGGCUGUGCAGAGGAAGGCUCGAGGCCCCGUCCACUUUGUGCACUCUGAGAACUGGGUGGUGUACGAGUACUGGAACCUAAAGGCCCGUAGGAUCGAGUUCUCGGUGCUGGAGCUGUUUGAGGGCACCGAGCUGUACAACAGCACUGUCUUCAGCUCCCUGGACCGGCCUCACCCUCCUCAGGUGCUGCAGCAGUCCUACAUCUUCCCCUCCCCCAUCAGCACCCUGGAGGCCACGCUCACCGAGAAGGGCAUCACCAGCCGACACCUGCUGGUCGGGCUUCCAUCUGGGGCUAUCCUGUCCUUACCAAAGAUGUUUAUUGACCCAAGGAGACCAGAGCAAGUUUCUGACCAGAGCAGGGAGGAGAAUCUGAUUCCUUAUGCACCAGAACUGCCCAUUCGAACGGAGUGGUUUGUCAACUACAACCAGACUGUAGCAAGAGUGAGAGGAAUAUACACUGCCCCUUCUGGUCUGGAGUCUACAUGUCUGGUUGUGGCAUAUGGUCUGGACAUUUAUCAGACACGUGUGUACCCCUCUAAGCAGUUUGAUGUACUCAAGGACGACUAUGACUAUGUACUGAUCAGCAGUGUGCUGCUUGGACUCUUCUUUGCCACCAUGAUCAGCAAAAGACUUGCUGAGGUGAAACUGCUGAAUCGUGCAUGGCGGUAAGGAUGCCCACCCUCCCUGGGCACCUGUACCAGGCAGCCAACUGCCCCCUGUCCUGUCUUUACGUGGCCAAUGCCAGGGGACCACCAGAAGCCUGUCUUACUCUGCAAGAAGGAUUAUGUCUUGAUUAUGAUGGCAAACAGAGCUGCCUUUUGAGGUGCCUGCCUGCGUUUGGAAGAAUAAAUGUGGUGGUUAUAACUGUUAGAGGAAGCCAUUUUCACACUUCAUGUCAAUCCGUGGUUCAUUAAUGUUUCAUCUCAUUCACUUUGCCUACAUUUAUCUUACAUUUGUGUGUCUUGUGCACUACUGUGUGGGGUAUGAUUGUGAAAUAUGCUUAUUUGAAUGAGUGAAAUGAGAAUAACAUGUUGCUAAGUUACCUACACAAUGCAGUUGAAGUUUUUCUCCAGAUUCUGAGACAUAGAACUGAGUGCUGAAACAAUUUUCCUGUGUAUCUUCUUUUUCUUUUUGUACGCAAUGGCUAUUUGUUUGUCCAUUGUUUUCUUAUGUGGAGCUGGAGACACAUUCAGGGUUAAGCAUAAACCUGUUGGGAAAGCCAUUUUGAAUCGGUAUUUAUGUGUUUUUCUUUUUUUUCCUUUUUCCAUUUGUUUUGUUUGCAAGAUGUUGAUUUGUUGUCAUUUUUAAGGAUGUGAAAUUAGUAAGUAGUUUUGACCAUUUGGUCUGAUGCACUGGAUGUUUUUGUUUGUCUUAAAAAGUUUAAUUUGAAUGGUCAUGCUUUCUCCUCUGAAACAUCUUUGUGUGUAAAUAGUAUUUAUGAUGCUUUUAAGACUUCCUUAAAGGUACAAAAAUGGGACACACUUAAGAUGAUCAGCAGUGAUCACUUUGUGUGUUUAAUUAAUUUAUAAUCUUGCUAAUGCUUUGAAAAUAAGUUGUUAAAUAAAAUUGCUAAUGAAAAAAGCCUUUUAUAAUUACUUUGGAGUAAAAAACAAUUAAAUGUGUGUCUAUGUUUUCCUAAUACUAAAAUAUUCUGAACCUCUUGCAAUCACACUGUUGCUGAAGCUGAUGCAAAAAUAAAGUUAGAUUUUAACCCGG